UCGGUUUACCGACACCGGAGAAGCGACCAUGCUGUGGAAACUAGUUGAGAAUGUCAAGUAUGAAGAUAUUUAUGAGGACCGGCAUGACGGUGUCUCGAGCCACAGCUCGCGCCUGUCCCAGCUGGGCUCGGUAUCGCACGCGGGACCCUACUCCAGCGCGCCGCCGCUGUCUCAUGCGCCCUCGUCGGACUUCCAGCCUCCGUACUUCCCGCCGCCGUACCAGCCGCUCGCUCACUACCAGAGCCAGGACCCGUACUCCCACGUGAGCGACCCGUACUCCCUGAACUCCCUGCACCAGAGCCAGCAGGGAGCAUGGGGGGCGAGGCAGCGGCAGGACGCAGCCGGGGAUCGGAUGGACUCCUCUCUGCUGGCUCAGCCUCGGGCCUCUCUGCCUCAGCUGUCCGGGUUGGACCCACGGAGGGACUACGGUGGCGUGCGUCGGCCCGAUGUGCUGCUGCACUCCGCUCACCCGGGACUGGAUCCCAGUAUGGGAGACGGACUGCUGCAAGGGCUGCACGGCAUGGAGGAUGUUCAGACCAUUGACGACACCAACGGAACCAUAAUGGAUCAAUCAGUAAUUAAAAAAGUUCCCAUGCCACCUAAAAACAUGGGCUCUCUGAUGCUCGGCAAGGACGGCCUGAUGGGUGGAGUGACCGUGAACAUAAACGAGUUGUUCUGCUCGGUACCGGGCCGCCUGUCGCUGCUCAGCUCCACCUCCAAGUACAAAGUGACCGUAGGGGAGGUGCAGAGGAGACUGUCCCCGCCCGAGUGCCUCAACGCCUCCUUGUUGGGGGGCGUGUUGAGAAGAGCAAAAUCCAAAAACGGUGGAAAGUGUCUGAGAGAAAAGCUGGAGAAGAUUGGACUGAAUUUACCUGCUGGAAGACGCAAAGCUGCCAAUGUUACAUUACUAACGUCACUAGUAGAAGGUGAAGCGGUCCACCUGGCCCGGGAUUUCGGUUACAUCUGCGAGACGGAGUUUCCCACCAAAGCCGUGAGCGAGUACCUCAACCGGCAGCACACCGACCCCAACGAGCUGCACACGCGGAAAAACAUGCUGCUGGCGACAAAACAGCUGUGUAAGGAGUUUACAGACCUGCUGGCCCAGGACAGGACUCCCCUGGGCAACUCAAGGCCCUCCCCCAUCCUGGAGCCCGGCAUCCAGAGCUGCCUCUCCCACUUCUCCUUCAUCACGCACGGCUUCGGCUCGCCCGCCAUCUGCGCCGCCCUCACCGCCCUCCAGAACUACCUCACCGAGGCCCUCAAAGGACUCGACAAGAUGUUUCUCAACAACCCUCCCAACAACCGGCACGGGGACGGUGGCAACAAGGCCGGCGACAAAGAUGAGAAGCAGCGGAAAUGA